AUGGCUCACUCGGACAAGAAUAUCUCCUAUAAAAGUUUUUUUGUUCAUUUUAUGGUUUUUAUGUCUCUUCGUCAAAAUUUGGCAUCUUCAGGUGAGAAACUGGUGAAUUCUGACCAUUCUAGUGAUAUUCAGUCAGUUUCUUAAGUAUAUUGGCCUACGUUAAUUAACUGUAGUUAUCUACCACUUUUUGCAAAUUCGUGAAAUGUCAUAGACUAUAUAUAGUACUUUUAAUAAAAACCCUAAACUUUCGAGGCCCAGAAAUUGAAAAGUAAAAUUUAACCUUACACCAAAACGAAGGUAGUGCGUGCGAGUGCGUGUGCAAGUGGGGUGUUUUCUGUUUCACAAUUUGGUUUGUCGUGAUCCGAAACAUGCAUUUAUGUUUUUUAGAAUGUUCCUUUUCGUGUUGUCACGGUAAAAGUGUCGAGUCACAGAUCGGCUCCUGCAGCAGGUUCUUUCAUCGAGAAGUAAAGGUACCGAGCUCCACUGAAAUGCACCAAGAGUGACACUCCAAAGUUUCCGCCAUCUGUCAUAGAUAUUCGGUGAAACUAGGUCAGGUACAAGGUAGUGAAGAGAAUGAAUAAAUGAACGAAUGAAUGAUGGAAUCACCGUGCUCAUUUCCACGAUAUACAAUGCUUAAGAAUACGGCUAUUUGGGAGACUUUCCAUAAAGCCAGCGUUAUGACCGACUUUGACUCUUUUUGUUUAUCAACCUCCCUUCCUGAAAAAUGCCUUUGAAUACUUUAAAGUUUGUUUCUACUUUUCCCUCCGGGGAAAGUAGUCUUAAUUUGGCUUUUUGCUGUUCAAGGCCUCGGUGAUUAAACUCAAGACAUACCCACUGACUGAGUUGUACAAAACAAUAUAUUGACUUAACUCGUGGAGAAGAAGUGUUAUGAAAAAAUUGGAAGAUACUAUGCAUGCAGCUCUUUAAACCACUGAGGAAGAGGGAUCUCCCUCGAAACGUCUGGAUUUUUGUACCGUUUCAACGCCCAUUUUGAUAAACUUUGUAAAAAUCGCCGAGAGGAAGCCUAUUUUCGGCCUUUGUUCCUACUGUUAUUCGCAGUAAAAGAUGCGCAUUUAAAAAGGACGCUCGACGCCGUGAGUUUUAGCGCUCAUGCCAGAAAAAGCCGUACAACUCAGCGGCACCCAACGACUGUUUUCUUUAAAAUAUCUGUUCGGAGAAGCAAAUAUUGCCUAGAGUUUCCUAUUACUUGACGACGGCUGAAAAUUUCUAGAUGACCGUUCCAUUCAUGUACAAUUUUCGAAGUUUAUUUAAUAAAUUCCCUACGAUUUUAUGAAGUUUAAUUUUCCCAUUUUACUUCCCAAGUUAUGCUAUUUUUCAUAGAAAAAGGGAAACCUAAAAUUUUCGGAUUAAAAAUGGAGAGAGGGAUUAGAAAAUGUCUCACUUUCGUAAUGCGUCAAAUUUCACUGAUCUAAAAUUUUCGGGAAAUAAUACUGAUCAGAAGCCCUUGUAAUUUCGAAAAGACUCAAGUUGCCCUAGGAUGACCGAACAGAUACAAAUUUUACACUGCCGCUUAAUUAGAAUGCUUUUCUAGAGAUCUAAAAGUACUCUGGAUAGCCUAAAAAGUGUUUUCAGUGUAUUUAGAAGGAAACCGUCGUUGGUUCCCCUGACAACUACAGAACAUGAAAACAUUUUCAUAACGAUUCAUUUUUGACAAGAAACUUUGUUUGAUCAGACUAAUUGUAGUGUAUUGAAUUCCGAAUCAAGCCACCCGAACUGAGCCUGGGUCUAGUUCUUUUCUCUAUCAAUCGUGACUGUCACCAGUCUGUUUACCAUAAGUCUUUCACUGAUACUAUUCUUUACUUCGUUCAAAUCGCAUUCAAUUAUAUUACUAGUAUGCAGUACACUCCCUCCUUUCUUAGAGAUGAAAAGCUGGGGCGAAUGAGUCAUUUUUAGACUAAGAGUUCUCGUGUGAAAAAUAAUGACCUUUAAUUAAGUUGUUAAUACUCAGAAAAGAUAAUUAAAAUUAAUGACAAGAAUUGCAGACCUGUUUGCUACUGGCUCAGUAAGAUGUCAUUAACGUCAAGACACAAGCAAUAUGUCUUCUGAGCAAUACUUUAUAACUGAGUUAAUAACGUGUUGGAUAAAACGGCAGGCAAGAUGAAAAUUUGGCUAAACAAGAACGCUCUUACAGCGCCGGUCAGUCUUACUUGCUUGGCGGAGAUUAGAUCGAGAAACGAGGAGGCGAUUAGUUCUACACGAAACAGGAUUUACUCGCUAAAGGUUUUUUACUUCCUACUUUAUCGAGGUCGAGUAUUCUUCAGGAUAUUUACUUCUCAUUUGUUUUUUAAUUGAUUUAGUACGCGUGUUAGCAACGACCGCUCUACGCGUGUAUAAAUACAUGAAAAUUCAUGGGCCUCGCUAAUUCCAGAGAUGCAUACUCAUCACAAGACCAUUUGCAUACAAUGAAAGUUUACAACACCCGACCAUCGCAGUUUUGCUAAUUAAGAUUCUUAUUUUUUUCGACCACUCGGUAGUGUUCACUUGUUCCAAAGUAAUCAACGCUUUCAAGGGAUAGAAUUCUUGGACCGACACGUUUCGGAAAAGCUCUAAAUUUAAUCUUUCCUAAGCUUUCUUGGCAAAACAUGCUUGGCUUCGGUCACGCAACGAUUCUUAUUCCCAGUUUCCACGGUCUCCGCUACGAACGUUUGGCACAAUGACCUCCCUUUUGUGUCAUAAAUACGAAGAAAAACGUCUUCCAGAUUAUGAUGAGUCUCGCUGCUUACGCAAGCGAGACUAAUGAAACCCAGUAUUUUUUCUGUCCCAGUUAUUGUGCAACUCUUACGGGCUGUAUACAUGAAGGGGGGAAUAUCCUAGAAGGCGGAUCAUCCAAGCGCCACAAAAGGUGGUAGUUGUCCUUAGUGCUAGGAUCUUCCUAGUUGGAGGAUCUUAAGGUAGGAAGAUCCUGGCACCAUGUAAACUGUCUUUGCUAGGAAGAUCUUAGUACUGAGGACAAACUAGACAAAAAUGGCAGCGGUCGUUCAGUGCAUGGCUAAUCCAUAUCACGGCAAUAAAGGCCGACAUUUUUGUGAUUGCGUUACCGCGAGCUGAUUGUGUUAGCUCUGCUGAAAGGUAGUUAUCAACGCAAGUAAAGACCGCAGAAGGGUCCAAAUUGCAUUUUUGUUUUUGAGGCCCGCUAUUUUGAAUUUCUUCUCGAUUCUAGAUCCUUCUCUACUUGGUACCAGACGGACCGAAAUUUCUGCAUGAAAACCCAACGAAAAGUUGUUCCUCCUUCCAUGUAAUUAAUCAGUCCCUUGAAAAAAGAAUGAUACUUAUUAAUAUUAAUGAUAAUUUCUAUGUCCAUAAGAGGUUAAACUUUAAGUUUUUCUAAUCAUGCCAGCUGAGGACGAUCGCAUCAUAGUGUUUAAAGAACCUGUACCAAACAAAGUCCUGACAGGUCACGUGAUCAGAAGUGAAACCGCACCCAGUGAAGGGAGCUGUCGAGUGAAGUGUUAUAUGGAGCCCGACUGUGUGUCCAUCAAUAUGGGACCAUUGACAGGAGGAAAGAUAAAAUGCGAAUUGAAUAACGCCACUGCAGAAAAGGAAUUUGUGUUUGAUCUAAGGACCAAAGAUGCCCACACUUAUCUGGCCAUCGAGGUAAGCGCUUUUGUUUGGAACUCAUCGUAGAUACAGAAUCUCUAACGACCUCGGGUGACGAGGCUGCUCAUAAAGAUUGAUGGGGGCUGACGUUUAGUUUACAAGAAGAUCUAACGUCAAAUUUUUAUUCCGCUAGUGGAAUAGCCUGCGUAGCAAGCGUUUCCGGUUGUGUUAUUGCGCGAAACUUGGGGCGAGAGUAAAAUAAAUGCUCUCGUCCCAGCUUUUCUCGACGAGCUCAAGUGGAAACGCUUGCUACACAUUCUGCUACUGGAACUUAGCGAGUUUGACAUCAAGAUCGCUUAAAUGGUUCGUUCAAGACGUUUUUGAACAAACAAACGACAAUAAGCCUGUUGCGAUAGGAGCAUUUUAAGCGCGAAUGCACCAGCGAAUUAAUAUUCAAAUCAUUUAAAGUCUUGUUUAUAUAUUUCUUAAAGUGAGCUUCUCAAUGGGGUGAUGGCAUUGGGCUACCUUAAUACUUUGCUUUUUUGCGGCUAACGCUGUAACAAUUUCUCCUAGUAACGGGGUUAAUUAAUAAAGAAGUUUUCGUCUAUGAAAGGCAAAUUAUUUGCGUAUGAAAAAAAUAUACGGAAAUUUAUCAGCAGCGAGACAAGACACACAAACGGCUUUCACGAUUUUUACGACUAAGAAAUCAAACAUUCUACGUGGGACAUCUUACAUUACACCUGUUGACUCUAAUGAAUGAAGUUUUGACUUCUGGCUAUCGGUUUGUCCAUUCUUAAGCCCUCUAAUAUACUUAUAAUCUGGUAGUUGUUUUUGAUUGCUGCUCCUUAUUCCAGAAUCCCUGCAGCAGUAGUCCAUGUCUAAACAACGGGACAUGUCAAGCUGGAUUCACAAGUAAAGGGUUUCGUUGUAUAUGUCUUCCGGGAUUCCCCGGAACAAACUGUCGUGCAGGUACGUGCAUGCAACAAUUUUUAUUGCACAUUUGGCUUAAACCAUGCAUAAAAAGAGAGAUCAGGAUUAGGGCCGUAGUCACGAGGGUGAGGCAUUUUUUCGAGGAAUGCGCACAGGGCUAAUGUUCGCUUUCUCUUCUUCCCAGCUUCUUUUUCUUUUCUUUCUUUCUUUCUUUUAUUGGACAUUCUACGUCUUCUACUAGACUUCAUUUCAAUGGGAAACCUUUCAGCUGACGCUUCGCUAAAGUCACGAAGAUCGGGAAGUUUUUUUUAAAGGGAGUAGGGCUCUGGUAGUGUCAACGAAGAAGAUUUUCAAAGGAAUUUUCUGAUCAACUGUAGACGUUUUUGAGUAUUCCUCUGUCUCGUUUAACUGAAUCGUGCAUAUUUGGGUAUGGUUCGAACGAUCUCUCUUUCCUAUACUGCACAGUACAUGUUAGCGGUCAAAACUGUCCAUGAACGUAAUAGUGAUGACGUCACAAGUGGUACAAUGGACGAUGAUAUGCACUGUCGGUAAUGGGUGGCUCGAGUGUGAAUAGGUUAAAGCAGUGUAAAACUGAUGAAGCCGCAUGCACACCAAGGAAGUGCAAGUAGUCGUCGGUUAGUUCCUGGGGAAUAUCCCAAGAGUUUUGAUUUAUAACUAAUCCUGAUUAUUGUCAAUCACCGUGUUUAGCCAAAUCAUGUAGUGACCUGAAGAAAAUUAAGCCUAGAGCAGAAAGUGGAAGCUACGUCAUUGACCCUGAUGGAGAAGGUGGCUUGCUUUCUAUGUAUGACGUCAUCUGUGACAUGGCCGACAAAAAGGGAAUUGGCGUGACAGUCAUCAGUCACGACAGUGAAAACAGAACACGAGUAAAAGGAUGUGACGCUGAAGGAUGUUACUUACGUAACAUUCAUUACACAGGAGCGAAUCUGUCUCAGCUAGCGAGUCUCACCAGAGUCUCCCUGCGCUGUGAGCAGUUUAUCAAGUAUGAGUGUUAUCAUUCAAGGUUAUUGCAUUCCGAUAAAAGAGGUCCAUUCGGAUGGUGGGUGUCACGUGAUGGCAAUAAGAUGACGUACUGGGGCGGAGCAACUGAAAAUGGCAAAUGCGCCUGUGGAAUGAAAAAGACAUGUGCAAACACCAAACGUGGUUGUAAUUGCGAUAAAAAUGACCCCAAGUGGCGUGAAGACAGUGGUUUCCUCACUGACAAGACAAAGCUUCCGGUCAAGCAGCUCAGGUUUGGAGACACUGGAGACACGAAUGAACAAGGUUACCAUACUCUGGGGAAAUUAAAAUGUUAUGGUAUCGCCUGA